GUUACCUAGGGUGAAACAAAAUUACAGGCUUGGAGACUCUGGAAAAGCUCAGCAUCAGCCUUUGAGAGCCGAAGCUUGCAAAUUAUGUGAUUAAUCUACAAGCUGAUAUCAUGAUGUCAAAAUGCGAUUCAGGAAGAAUAAGUACAGAGAUUGCGGAAAUUAAAACGUAAGCUGUGCUGGAACAAAAAUGCAAUGAAAGAAACACUGGAUGAAUGAGUGAAAAGCCCUGCUUUGCAAUCCCUCAGCAUGGCGGGACUGCAGCUCAUGACCCCUGCUUCCUCCCCAAUGGGUCCAUUUUUUGGACUACCAUGGCAACAAGAAGCAAUUCAUGAUAAUAUUUACACGCCAAGAAAAUAUCAGGUUGAACUGCUUGAAGCAGCUUUGGAUCAUAACACAAUAGUCUGCUUAAACACUGGCUCAGGGAAGACUUUUAUUGCAGUACUACUCACUAAAGAGCUGUCCUAUCAGAUCAGGGGAGAUUUCAACAAAAAUGGAAAAAGAACUGUGUUCUUGGUCAACUCAGAAAAUCAAGUUGCUCAACAAGUGUCAGCUGUCAGGACACAUUCAGAUCUUAAAGUGGGAGAGUAUUCAAGUUUAGAGGUAACUGAGUCAUGGACAAAAGAGAAGUGGAGUCAGGAAUUUUCUAAGCAUCAGGUUCUGGUUAUGACAUGUCAUGUUGCUUUGACUGUUUUGAGAAAUGAAUAUUUAUCCCUGUCAAAUAUUAAUCUUCUGGUGUUUGAUGAGUGCCAUCUUGCAAUCCAGGAUCACCCAUACCGUGAAAUUAUGAAGAUCUGUGAGGAUUAUCCAUCAUGUCCUCGAAUCUUGGGAUUAACAGCUUCCAUUUUAAAUGGGAAAUGUGAUCCUACUGAGUUAGAGGAGAAGAUUCAGAAACUGGAGAAAAUUUUAAAAAGCAAUGCUGAAACUGCAACUGAUUUGGUGGUCUUAGACAGAUAUACUUCUCAGCCAUGUGAGAUUGUUGUAGACUGUGGACCAUAUACUGACAAAAGUGGGUUGUAUGGAAGAUUAUUAAAGGAAUUGGAUGAAGCACUUGCUUUUCUACAUGACUGCAACAUAUCUGUACAUUCAAAAGAAAGAGAUUCUACCUUAAUUUCUAAGCAGAUAUUGUCAGACUGUCGAGCUGUGUUGGUUGUUCUGGGACCCUGGUGUGCAGAUAAGGUAGCUGGGAUGAUGGUGAGAGAGCUACAGAAGUAUAUCAAACACGAACAAGAGGAGCUGCACAGGAAAUUUUUAUUGUUUACAGACACUUUCCUAAGGAAAAUACAUGCACUCUGUGAAGAGCACUUCUCGCCUGCCUCACUUGACCUGAAAUUUGUAACCCCAAAAGUAAUAAAGCUGCUGGAAAUCUUACGCAAAUAUAAACCAUAUGAACGGCAGCAGUUUGAAAGUGUUGAAUGGUAUAACAACAGGAAUCAGGAUAAUUAUGUGUCUUGGAGUGAUUCUGAAGAUGAUGAUGAGGAUGAAGAAAUUGAGGAGAAAGAGAAGCCAGAGACUAAUUUCCCGUCUCCCUUUACUAAUAUUUUAUGUGGAAUUAUUUUUGUGGAAAGAAGAUAUACAGCAGUUGUUCUAAAUAGGUUGAUAAAAGAAGCUGGCAAGCAAGAUCCAGAACUGGCUUACAUCAGUAGCAAUUUUAUAACUGGACAUGGCAUUGGCAAGAACCAGCCUCGUAAUAAGCAGAUGGAAGUAGAAUUCAGAAAACAGGAAGAGGUUCUUAGAAAAUUUCGAGCACAUGAGACUAACCUGCUUAUUGCUACUAGUAUUGUAGAAGAGGGCGUUGACAUACCAAAAUGCAACUUGGUGGUGCGUUUUGAUUUGCCCACAGAAUACCGUUCCUAUGUGCAGUCAAAAGGAAGAGCUAGAGCACCAAUUUCCAAUUACAUUAUGUUAGCAGACACAGACAAAAUCAAAAGUUUUGAGGAAGAUCUUAAGACAUACAAAGCGAUUGAGAAGAUCCUCAGAAACAAAUGUUCAAAAUCUGUUGAUACCAGUGAAACUGAAACUGAACCCAUUGUUGAUGAUGAUGAUGUAUUUCCACCCUAUGUGUUGAGGCCAGAUGAGAACAGUCCAAGAGUUACUAUUAACACUGCUAUUGGACACAUAAAUAGGUACUGCGCUAGAUUACCAAGUGAUCCAUUUACACACCUGGCUCCCAAGUGUAAAACCCGAGAACUACCUGAUCAUACGUUUUACUCUACUCUCUACCUGCCAAUCAACUCACCUCUUCGAGCUUCAAUUGUUGGUCCUCCAAUGAGUUGUGCAAGACUGGCUGAGAGAGUUGUAGCUCUUAUUUGCUGUGAAAAACUGCACAAAAUUGGUGAACUGGAUGAUCAUUUGAUGCCAGUUGGUAAAGAAACGGUUAAAUAUGAGGAGGAGCUUGAUUUACAUGAUGAAGAAGAAACCAGUGUUCCAGGAAGGCCAGGCUCUACAAAACGAAGACAGUGCUAUCCUAAAGCUAUUCCAGAAUGUUUGAGGGACAGUUAUCCUAAACCUGAUCAGCCCUGUUACCUGUAUGUAAUAGGAAUGGUGUUAACGACUCCUCUACCUGAUGAGCUCAACUUCAGGAGACGAAAGCUGUAUCCUCCUGAGGAUACAACAAGAUGUUUUGGCAUAUUGACAGCCAAACCUAUACCUCAGAUUCCUCACUUUCCUGUGUAUACUCGCUCUGGAGAGGUUACAAUAUCUAUUGAGCUUAAGAAAUCUGGUUUUACUCUGUCUCUGCAAAUGCUUGAGCUGAUAACGCGACUCCACCAGUACAUUUUUUCACAUAUUCUUCGUCUUGAGAAACCUGCACUAGAGUUCAAACCCACAGAAGCUGAUUCAGCCUAUUGUGUUCUACCUCUUAAUGUUGUUGAUGACUCCAGCACUUUGGACAUUGACUUUAAGUUUAUGGAAGACAUUGAGAAAUCUGAGGCACGUACAGGCAUUCCCAGUACACAAUACACAAAAGAAAUGCCUUUUAUUUUCAAGUUAGAAGAUUACCAGGAUGCAGUUAUCAUUCCACGGUAUCGAAAUUUUGAUCAGCCUCAUCGAUUCUAUGUAGCUGAUGUAUACACUGAUCUUACUCCACUCAGUAAAUUCCCUUCCCCUGAAUAUGAAACUUUUGCUGAAUAUUAUAAAACAAAGUAUAAUCUUGACCUGACCAAUCUCAACCAGCCACUGCUGGAUGUGGACCAUACAUCUUCAAGACUUAAUCUUUUGACUCCUCGCCAUUUGAAUCAGAAGGGGAAAGCACUUCCACUAAGCAGUGCUGAGAAGAGGAAAGCGAAGUGGGAAAGUUUGCAGAAUAAGCAGAUCUUGGUUCCAGAACUCUGUGCUAUACAUCCUAUUCCAGCAUCAUUGUGGAGAAAAGCAGUUUGCCUUCCCAGCAUACUUUAUCGCCUGCACUGCCUUUUGACAGCAGAGGAACUAAGAGCUCAAACAGCCACUGAUGCUGGUGUAGGGGUUAAAUCACUUCCUGCAGAUUUCAGAUAUCCUAACUUGGACUUCGGAUGGAAAAAGUCUAUUGACAGCAAAUCCUUCAUCUCUAUUCCUAACUCCUCUUUAGUAGAGAAUGAAAAUUACUGUAAGCACAGCACAAUUGUAGUCCCUGAAAAUGCUGCACAUCAAGGUGCUAAUAGAACCUCUUCUGCAGAAAACCAUGACCAAAUGUCUGUGAAUUACAGAACAUUGCUCAAUGAGUCACCCAGUAAAAUCCAAAUUGAUGUCUCGGCAGAACUUGCAGCAAUUAAUGGUGUUUCUUAUAAUAAAAAUCUUGCCAAUGGCAAUUGUGAUUUAGUUAACAGAGACUUUUGCCAAGGAAAUCAGCUGAAUUACUGCAGGCAGGAAAUACCUGUACAACCAACUACCUCAUAUCCCAUUCAGAAUUUGUACAGCAGUGAGAACCAGCCCAAGCCCAGCAAUGAAUGUACUCUACUGAGUAACAGAUCUACCUCAGAUGGAUGCCCCAAAAUGGCAGUGACCACCAGUGCUUCAAAAGCUAUUAAUCUUUCAAAAGACAGAGCAGAUGCUGAAAAGAACCCUUCCAAUGGGUACUCCUCAAAAACUCUCGGUCCUAAUCCUGGUCUCAUUCUUCAAGCUUUGACUCUUUCAAAUGCUAGUGAUGGAUUUAAUCUGGAGCGGCUAGAAAUGCUUGGUGAUUCAUUUUUAAAACAUGCCAUCACUACAUACUUGUUUUGCACUUACCCUGAUGCUCAUGAGGGACGACUGUCGUAUAUGAGAAGCAAAAAAGUCAGCAACUGUAACUUGUAUCGCCUUGGAAAAAAGAAAGGACUGCCUAGUCGUAUGGUGGUGUCGAUUUUUGAUCCCCCAGUCAACUGGCUUCCUCCUGGUUAUAUAGUAAACCAGGACAAGAGCAACACUGAUAAGUGGGAGAAAGAUGAAAUGACAAAGGAGAACUUGUUGGCUAAUGGUAAACUUGAUUAUGAUGAUGAUGAUGAAGAGGACGAAGGCCUAAUGUGGAGGUUAUCCAAGGAAGAAGCAGACUUUGAAGAUGAUUUUCUGGAGUAUGAUCAGGAGCAUAUCAAAUUCAUUGAUAAUAUGUUAAUGGGAUCUGGGGCUUUUGUGAAGAAAAUUUCUCUCUCACACUUUUCAACCACUGAUUCAAACUAUGAAUGGAAAGCGCCCAAAAAGUCAUCCCUGGGUAACGUUCAGUUUUCGUCAGAUUUUGAUGAUUUUGACUAUAGCUCUUGGGAUGCUAUGUGCUAUCUGGAUCCUAGCAAGGCUGUUGAAGAGGAUGAUUUUGUAGUGGGCUUCUGGAAUCCAUCAGAAGAAAACUGUGGUGUUGAUGCAGGAAAACAAUCUAUCUCCUAUGACUUGCAUACAGAGCAGUGUAUUGCUGACAAAAGCAUUGCAGACUGUGUGGAAGCCCUGUUGGGCUGCUACCUGACCAGCUGUGGUGAAAGAGCUGCUCAGCUUUUCCUGUGUUCAUUGGGGCUGAAGGUGCUCCCUGUAGUUAAAAAGACUGAUUGGGAAGGCACUUUGUGUGCUACCAGAGAGAAUUGUAACAGUGAGCAGAAAAAUCUUUCACCGAACUCAGUUUCUGCUUCUGUAGCUAAUUCAGAGCCUUCUCUGUAUAAAGACCUGGAGUAUGGCUGUUUGAAGAUUCCACCGAGGUGUAUGUUUGAUCACCCAGAUGCUGAAAAAACCCUAAAUCACCUUAUUUCUGGUUUUGAAAACUUUGAGAAGAAAAUAAACUACAGUUUUAAGAACAAGGCUUAUCUUCUUCAGGCAUUUACUCAUGCCUCGUACCAUUAUAAUACCAUUACUGAUUGUUACCAGCGCUUAGAAUUCCUGGGAGAUGCAAUUUUGGACUACCUCAUAACCAAGCACCUUUAUGAAGACCCACGGCAACACUCUCCAGGAGUUCUUACUGACCUACGAUCUGCUCUAGUCAAUAAUACCAUUUUUGCAUCAUUAGCUGUAAAGUAUGACUACCACAAGUACUUCAAAGCUGUCUCUCCUGAACUGUUUCAUGUUAUUGAUGACUUUGUGCAGUUUCAAAUGGAAAAGAAUGAAAUGCAAGGAAUGGAUUCUGAGCUCAGAAGAUCUGAAGAAGAUGAAGAAAAAGAGGAAGACAUUGAAGUACCAAAGGCCAUGGGGGAUAUAUUUGAGUCCCUUGCUGGUGCCAUUUACAUGGAUAGUGGAAUGUCUUUGGAAAUGGUUUGGCAAGUGUACUAUCCAAUGAUGAGGCCGUUAAUAGAAAAAUUUUCUGCUAAUGUGCCCCGUUCCCCAGUGCGAGAGCUGCUGGAGAUGGAGCCAGAGACAGCCAAAUUUAGUCCUGCAGAAAGAACUUACGAUGGAAAGGUCAGAGUAACAGUGGAAGUUGUAGGAAAAGGAAAGUUUAAAGGUGUUGGCAGAAGCUACAGGAUUGCCAAAUCUGCAGCUGCGAGAAGAGCACUACGAAGCCUCAAAGCAAAUCAACCUCAGGUCCCAAACAGCUGAGACUCCUCUUAAAAAUAAAUAAAAUGGAGGAAAAAAACACAUACAAAUAAAGCAAAUUUUUAAAAAUGUUGAUGUUGAGAGGAACAAAUUGGAAGACAGAGUUUAAAGUUUGUUUGAUAACAGAAUAGAUAACAAAACAUUUAACAUGUAUAAAAUUUUGGAACUAAUUGUAGUUAUAGUUUUUUGCGCAAACACAAUCUUGUCUUCUUUCCUCACUUCUGCUUUGUUUAAUCACGAGAGUGCUUUAAUGAUGACAUUUAGCAAGUGUUCAGAAUAAUUGUUGUCAGGUCUUUUUGGUUUACUUUUAUUGUCAGUACAGCUUUGCUUAGUGUUAGAAAGCCAGGGAGCUUACGCCUAAUGCAGUUGCUAGAUUUAUAUAUAGUAAUCUUGAAAUUCUUCAAUCUGUGCACUAGUGCCAGUCAUAAAGCAGUUGAUAAACUGUACUGGAUGAUUUGGUAUAAGAAAGAAUAAGUGUGCCAGUAUUCUCCUUUUUUCUUUC